GCGCGGCGCGCCAGCUGCACUGCCUACCUCCUCGAUCGAACCGCUCAGGCCCAGGGGCGCGCGCGGGGGCUGGCAUGCCUAUAUCAUCAGCAGAUCGAGAGCGUUGCCAUACACCGGCGAGACGCCACGGUUGCAUCAUCGAGUCGACCCAUCAGCUGAUCUUUUGUGUAAAGUUUUCGUAAGCGCAAGAUCUUCUCUAAAAUGCCUGACAAGUUAGUUUUCUUCUGCAAUGGUAGAAAGAUCAUUGAAAAAGAUGCAGAUCCUGAUACUACUCUUGAUGUUUAUCUCCGGACAAAGCUAAAGCUCCAGGGGACAAAACAAGGAUGUGGUGUAGGGGCAUGUGGGUCAUGUACUGUGAUGCUUUCAUAUGUACAUCCACAAACAAAAUCUAUACGCAAUGAAUCCAUUGUUUCUUGCCUGACACCAAUCUGUGUUCUUCAUGGCAAAGCAAUCACUACAGUAGAAGGUAUUGGAAGCUGCAGAGAAAGGCUUCAUGUUGUUCAGGAGCGUCUUGCCAAGAGCCAUGGUUCUCAAUGUGGUUUCUGCAGUCCAGGAAUGGUCAUGUCCAUGUACACUCUACUACGGAACAAUCCUAAGCCACAAGUCAAAGAUAUCCUCAGGUACCUUGAAGGCAAUCUAUGUCGUUGUACUGGAUAUAGACCAAUCCUUGAUGGAUUUAAAUCAUUCUGUGGGAAGGAGAAUUGUUGUCAGGGUACAGGAGGUUCUUCUCAGUCACAGAAUGAGGACCAGCCCAUUAGUGUGGUGAUGGAUGAUGGUGAUUGGAAACCGUAUGAUCCUUCUCAAGAACCAAUAUUUCCUCCUGAACUUCAAACUGAUGCAAAAGAAUACAAUAAGACUGUGACCUUUCAGAGGGGUCAAUCCAAGUGGAUUGUGGCGUCAACUUUAGAAGAACUUCUCCAACUCCUCGCUGCCAACUCACAGGCUCAGCUUGCCAUGGGAAACACUGUAAUGAGUGUUCGCAAGUAUGAAGGUGAGCGUUUUCCUCUUCUUGUCUCACCGAACUGUGGAGUCCUAGAGCUGAUGGAGGUUGUGACCUCUGAUAGAGGGGUGACCUUUGGGGCAGGGGUCAGUGUGGCGCAGUUUGAAGAGCAUCUAAGGAAGCUAGUAGAACGGCUUCCAGAACACCAGACCCGGUCUGCAAGGGCUAUACUUGACAUGCUUGGUCAAUGGGCAGGACAACAGAUUCGCAACAUGGCAAGCAUUGGUGGCAGUAUAGCGGGUGCAAGUGGAAUGCUGGAUCUGUGUAUCAUCCUUAUGGCAACCAACACAACAGUUACUCUUGUGAAAGCUGGAGGAAUCAGACGAACUGUGGCUUUGGACAAGGAUUUUUACCCAGAAUCCAAUAAGUCAGUUUUAGAGAGAGAUGAGAUCAUUGAAUCCCUGCAUAUACCUUUCUCAGGGAAGAAUGAGUACUUCUUCUCUCAUAAGGUGGCUGAGCGUCGUCAUAACUCUCGUUCUUCAAUCAGCUGUGGAUUCAGGGUGACCUUUGAGUCUGAAGGUCAAAAGGUCAAUGAUCUAUGUCUAGUGUUUGGUGCUGUUGAUGAUAAUCCAUUCAUUGCUCAGAAAACAUGCAAUGCACUUAUUGGACAAGCUUGGAACCAAAGUUUUUUACAAGAUGCAAUCCAGUCUGUCAAUCAGGAGAUUAGACCGACCCCUCAUCCCUAUGAUGCUUCAUCAGAGUAUAGGAAGAGCGGUAUGGUGACGUGUCUUCUAAGGUUCUAUGUUCAAGUUUCACAACUCAUCGACAACAACCAGGCAUUGACUGGUCCAUUCUCUCAAGGUCAGUUGUCAGAUCCCAGCAUUCCUGCCUCCUACAACGAUGAAGGUCCAGUCAGUACACAGAUCUAUCAGCCUCCACCUAAAGACCAACCUGAUGCAAAUCCUCUUGGUCGACCUAUCAUUCAUAGAGGAGCUCUUCAGCAAUGCUCUGGAGAGGCCAUCUUCAGUGAUGAUAUACCAGUUCAUGAAGGAGAACUGUAUUUGGCUUUGGUCCUAAGUACAAGAGCUCAUGCAAAGAUAAUCUGUGUUGAUGCAAGCAAGGCCUUGGCUCUUGAAGGAGUAGAAGCAUACAUAUGUCACAAGGAUAUACCUGGUGAUAAGUAUAUCCGUGAUGGUUUUGAGCUGUUUGCAGCAGAGGAGGUUCACUGUGUUGGGCAGGUCAUUGGUGCUAUUGUUGCUACCUCACAUCGUCUUGCCAACGAUGCAGCCAAACUGGUUGAAAUCCAGUAUGAAGACUUACAUCCACGCAUUUUGACCAUCCAGGAUGCAAUCAAAGAGGAUUCUUUCUUCAAGGGUCCUAAAAUAGAUUCUGAGUUCAACUAUGGUGACCUGGAUGAGAGUUUCAAACAAUCUGAUAGGAUCCUUGAAGGAACCUUUGAUGCUGGUGGACAAGAACACUUCUACAUGGAAACUCAAACAUGUGUAGUUCGACCUGGAGAAGAUGAUGAAAUGACUAUCUAUGCCUCCUCCCAGUCCCUUACGAAUGUACAGAUGGGUGUAGCUAGAGUUCUUGGUGUUCCUCGUAACCGAAUUGCAGUUCAGAGCAAGAGGAUUGGGGGAUCAUUUGGAGGAAAAGAGGAAAUCCUCUCACACUUUGCGGCAUGUGCUGUAGCUGCCAAAAUGUUGGGUCGGUCUACACGUAUCCGUUUAGACCGUACAACAGACAUGCUGAUGUCUGGUGGAAGGCAUCCAUUACAUGCAAAGUAUCGCGUUGGUUUCCGUAAUGAUGGGCGUAUCCUUGCUGUUGAUGCUGAUCUGUACCUUGAUGGAGGGUUCCUUAAUGAUGCCACUUCGUGGGUAAUGCGGCAAGCAACGCUUGUGUUUGAGAGUUUUUACAGCUUUGCUGGCUUCCGUGUGAAAGGUCACUGCUGUCGUACAAAUCUGCCUUCUAACACUGCUAUGAGAGGAUUUGGUAGCCCUCAGUCCUUAGCUGUCAUUGAACACAUCUUGUCUGAAGUAGCCAUAGCCACAGGUGUCUCACCAAGAAUGGUGCAUGAACUAAACUUCAAACCUGAUGGAGCAUCAAUGAUAGAGGGCGCUAACCCAAUGGAAAUGGACAUCUUCAGAGAAUGUUGGGAUACCUGUCUUCGACUGAGUGACUAUGAUGCAAGGAUGAAGGCUGUGGAGCAAUUCAACAGGAUGAAUACCUGGAAGAAACGAGGUCUUUCUAUCAUCCCAACCAAACAUGGAAUGGGCAUAUUCGGUAUGCCUGCCCUCAAUCAGGGAGGAGCUCUGGUUCACAUUUAUACUGAUGGUUCUGUGUUGAUCAACCAUGGUGGUAUUGAGAUGGGACAGGGUCUCUAUACUAAACUUGUCCAGGUUGCAAGUACAACCUUAGGCAUCCCUGUAAGUAAGAUUCAUACUAGUGAUACUGCUAUAGACAAGGUUCCAAAUACAACAACCACAGGUGGAAGCAUGGGGACUGAUUUACAAGGUAGUGCUGUAAAGGCAGCCUGUGAUGUGUUGAAGGAUCGCUUAGAACCAUACCGAACAGCAAAUCCCAAGGGAACCUGGGAAAACUGGGUCCAAGCAGCCUAUUUUGACAGAGUAAGCCUUUCAACUGCAGGCUUUUACAAGAGGCCUGGUCCAACAUUUGACUGGGAUACAAAGACUGGUAAUCCUUAUUACUAUUUCACUAUGGGAGUAGGUGUAUCGGAGGUUGAGAUAGAUUGUCUUACUGGAGAGCAUCAGUUACUACGCACGGACAUCAUCAUGGAUGUUGGCAAGAGCAUCAACCCUGCAUUAGAUAUAGGACAGAUUGAGGGAGGUUUCCUUCAAGGUUAUGGUUACUUUACCAUGGAAGAGAAAAGAUUCAACCAAGAGGGCGCCCUGACUACUAACGGACCUGACUCGUACAAGAUCCCAUCAGUGAAAGACAUCCCUAAGGAAUUCAAUGUGACUCUCCUGAGAAACAUGCGUACCCCUGAAGAUAAUCUCUACUCCUCAAAGGGCAUUGGAGAACCACCAUUCUUUAUUGGGGCAUCUGUAUUUUAUGCCAUCAAGCAUGCCCUCUGUAGUUCUCGCUCUGAUAAUGGAUUGACGGGUGUCUUUGAUCUCAAUGCUCCAGCGACAGUUGAGAGAGUACGCUUGACGUGUGGUGAUCUUAAGACAAAUGAAUAAGUUCAUUGUAAUGGAAUAUUUCACUUCUGGGCCAAGUUUUCAUGAAAGGUGUUAUCACUGGAAAUUGCCAUUCUUUAAUAUUUUAGUUCAGUCAUUAGUUUUCAUUUGCUAAGAAGCAUCAAUCUCUGAUUGUUACCAUUCAGGGAAAGACUUAUUAGUGCCAAAACUGCUAAAACAAUGCUUAGAAUUGCCUUCUAAUUUGCUUAGCUUGUAACUAUAUGCAAUUUACUAUAAUCUUAAAAUAGUAGUCUAAAUCCUAUUAUGAAGAAACGGUAGUUGUUAAGGUGAUUCAUUAUUUUUGUUUGCAUUACAAGUUUUUUAAAAUAUAGUGAUUGCGAUAUACAGUCAAGUCUCAUCAUACAAGGAUAAUAACCUUUUUGACCUCUCUUAAUCAAUGGUGCUUGAUAUCCAGAAUGAAUGGGUAAACUACCACAGGCAUAAUAUUGCCAGUAUCAUUGUGUGCCAGUAUUUUAUCAAUUUGACUGAAAUCUUGAAAUAUGAAGCAAAAUCACUGAAUACAGUACUAUUACAUUUUAAUUGUGAAAUAUAUAGCAGAAGUAUAUUAUGUGAAAAAACCUAUCAAAGAACAACACAGUUUUACUGUAAUUGAUAAAAAAUAUCAUUUGCAAUGUACAGGCAUAGCAAUCUACUAUUUAAAAGAUGAAUGAAUUUAUUUGUUAAAUUUUUUUCAAGAAGUAGAGUCUGAGUCAGAUCACAAUUUGUAAUUUUGCACGAUUUUACAGAACUUUUUCGAAGUGUUUGGACUUGUAUAUUUUUGGAGAUGUAUGGUUAAAUGAUUGUGAUGGAUUGAUAGUGAUUGAUUGCUUCAUUGAUGUUUAAAUAUUUCAUUUCAUUUCGUUUAUUUCUAUUUUCAACAAUUACAGUUUGUUUUGUACAUUUUGACAUGCAAAUAACAAAACAUAUCUCAGGUAUCCCUGUACAAAAAUUGUGUUCAAGAUUAUUACACAUCAGGUUGACCUAAUGACUAGUAUGUCAUUUGCAUGAUUUCAGUCAAAUUGAAGUGAACGAAGUACAAAAUUUGCUAUUUAGAAUAUGCAGCUUACUAGGUGUGUGUAUGUGUGUUCAAAGUGAUGAUUUUAAAGUCUGAUGUGGUGUUUCCAGAACGGUAAAUUCAAUAAAAACAUGUAUGUCCUACAGCCUUUAUAUGUGACAAUGCUGAAAUAGGUUGUCUCUGCUUUGCAUUUCAUAUGGAAAGGUGAAAUCUCUUGAAUAUAUCUUGGCUUUCAGCAACAGUUCAUGAAGGGAAAUAGGAAUCGAGGAAUCAGGUUCCGGUUGGAUGUACAAAAGGCUGGGUUUUUAAUUUUCAUUCAAAUAAUGCAAUCUGUUGUUCCCUCUGUAUAUUAGUGCCAUCUUGCCUGAUGUCCUGUCAUGCCCCCCCCCCUCUUCCCUUACAAUCUCAAAACACACUCUGGUAAACACUACCUUUAAACCAUUUUACUCAUUUGAAUUUAUAAUCACACUAUUGCAAACUAUACCUGCAAAUUAAGUGGAAAAAACUGCCUGUAAACCAUUCUGCUGUACUUUGGCAAAAGGAAGCAAGUUACAAAAGUAUCAUUUGUUGUAAAUGAGCAAUGUGUUCGUCAGUUACAUAGGCAUUAAUGCAAUUUAACGGCAUAUUUUCUUCAAUAUCUUUCCAUAGAACGAUAAUUUAUUCCCCAAAUUUUGUCUGAAAGUGCAACAUACAAAGGGUGUUUCAGAAACACAAUAACUCAAAUUUGACUGAUGUGUCACUUGCUUCCUUUUGCUAAAGUUGAGCAGCAUUGUACAAACACAAACUACUUUUACUACCUUGCAAUGAUGUACAUGUAUCUUUGAUUUUAUAGAUGCCAAGGACAGUUAUUAUUCACAGACAUUUUGAGGAAUAUCAUUAAUGCCAUAUAUUAUCAUACCAAAGAGUUGAAUAUAUGAUUUUCUAUGAGAAUCACUGUGGUCAGUCAUGAAUAUUUUACUUCUGUUAAUUCAUAUUUUUCUUUUUUAUUUAGUUAGUAUUCAUUCUAAUGCAUUGGUCACACUUGAGAAACCAACUCCCAGGGUUCCCAGCCCAUCACGGAAAAUUAUUUUACUUUUUGCCAAUCAGGGAAUUUGAUUAAGAAAUAACCUCAAAUCAGGGAAAAUGCCUCAAAUGAGGGAAAAUCAGGGAAUUUUGAUCGGCCCAAAAGUCAAAAGCACGGUUGUCGGUCAGACUGUUAUAUAUUGUUGCCUUGAAUUAACCUCUUUCUGUUUGCGGUAUGGAAAGGAUGGCUGCUUGGGGAGGCCAUUACAUGCCUAUGUAAUAUGUGUAGUACGGUUAUUAGUUUUACAUUAUUGUCUUUAUACUUAAAAUACAUGUUAAUUCACUGCAACAACUUUGAAAACAUGCGAAACUGGGAAUGGGUUUAAAUAAUUAUCAGAGAAUUUUCAAACUUCAUCAGGCUAAUUUCAGGGAAUUUUGUUUUCUUGAAAAACUGGGAACCCUGAAUCCAGUCAGACUUAUGGUAUAUUAUAACUGAAUUUUGUCAAUGGGGAGUCAGGUUAUGGUAGUAUGAGUUAGCAUUGAAUAAACUGCAGACUGCAUGGACAUUGAACCUGUAAACAA